UCGAGCAUUCAAAGAACUUGUCGACCAAGGAGUCCCUACCCCUCACCAUCGGCCACUAUCUUAGGAACAUGAACAAGCUGAGCAGCCAGUUCUUUGAGAACACGCGCAACUACAAGGACAAGAGUCGUCAAAGAAUCUAUCUCAAGGACAUCGACUGUCCUCAGGUCUGGCACGACAAACUCCAAGACCUGAUCCCGCCUUUCCUCUUCUACCUCAACGAGAGCACCGGAGAUAUCGGCGGCCCAGGCGCUAAUCCCUACACUCUCGGUCCUGGCCGACGCCCUGCUCGCGGCAUUGCAAGAGCUGGCGACCUGAUGAGCUCUCUACCUCCGGAGAUGCGCGCCGAGAACCUCAUGUGCUACAUCGGCCACGAGGGCACCUACACCCCUUCACAUCGAGAAAUGUGCGCCACAAUGGGUCACAACAUCAUGGUAGAAGCUUCAAAGGACGUCGGCGAAGACGGCAAGCCUGAGAGGCCCGGCUCAUCUGUUUGGUUCAUGACCGAGUCCUCGGACCGUCAUCUUGUUUCCGAGUACUGGCUCUCGACUCUCGGCCACGACAUCGAGGUCGAGAACCACUUUGCCCAGAUCUCCGCUUGGAAGAGAGCCCCUUUCAACGUCUAUGUUGUCGAACAACGUCCCGGUGAUUUCAUCCUGAUCCCACCGCUUGCUCCCCAUCAGGUAUGGAAUAGAGGAACACGAACCAUGAAAGUUGCUUGGAACAGGACCACUUACGAAACUCUGGACAUGGCUAUUGGAGAAGCUCUACCAAAAGCGAAGAUUGUUUGCCGAGACGAGCAAUACAAAACAAAGGCCAUCAUCUACUACACUCUGAUGCUAUAUUCUAACAGACUAGCAUUGGCAAGAUCACAGUCCGACAAGCUUUCCGCCGAUGCUUCUCGUCAGCUAAUGGGCAGUCCAAAGAUCAAGCAGCUGGUCAAGGAUUUCAGACGCCUCCUUGGCUUGUUCUUGGAUGUCCUGGUGUCUGAAAUGUUUGACCCUGAUGGUCCUCAAGAAAAGUGCGAGUUUUUGCCCUUUGAUAGCAACGUCACAUGCGCUUACUGCAGAUGCAACAUCUUCAACCGCUUCUUGACCUGCUCAAACUGCAAGGAUGCACUCGGGCACGAGGAAGACGAACCCUACGAUGUGUGCUUGGAUUGCUACGCCAUGGGCAGAUCAUGCGGCUGCAUCUCCAAUCUCAAAUGGACCGAACAAUUCAAGUGGAAAGAGCUGAGUGGUAAAUAUGACUCUUGGCGAAAAUUGAGCAUCGAGCUGGAUGGUGGAAAUGCCGCAAAGGCCCCUCCGCCGUUAAUUGAAGCUCGAAGAAGCUUACCGCACAAGACGCUGGCCGAAGUCUGCAGAGAGCAACUCAAGCGUCGCCCAUUCACUGACGUCGCCAAGCCAAAGCGAGAAGACGAACAGAGUGAGGAGGAUAUCAUUGUCGACGACGAAGGCCGCGUCAAGAAGACGGUCAAAAAGAAGCCGAAAGCUUGGUACAAGACGCACAGCCCUUGCCAUGUCUGUUGUAAGAGACAUCCCAACUGGAAGUCCGCCAAGUGCACCACUUGCGACAAGUGGUGGUGUUACGGGUCCCUCUAUAGAGGAGCCGACACAAUGCCACUGACGGUCAUGCAAGACCCCAAUUGGUCGUGUCCUCACUGUAAGAAUGCUUGCUUUGCAGGGGCGUGUCGCAAGGACCCCAAACAGCAGCCGCAAGAUCCCAAAGGUACCAUGCUCGGACACGACACAAGAAGAGUGGCCGAUGCCAGGAGUGUAGAGUGCCUUGUGGACUUCUCGGUCUCUAACCUCAAUUGGUUGAAGGACGACGACGAAGAUGUUCAGGAGAGCAACCGCAUCAAGAGAGCCCGAGAAGAGGCCAAGAAAGCAAGGGAAGCAGACCCCAUGUUGGACGAGGACGAUCAUGAGGACCAAGAAGAGGAGGUCGACAUUGAGCAAAGUCAUAUUCGCUUCGAAAACUCGCCCGAUGAUCUGAUGAUUGAUCCUCAGCUCAUGGGGAACACUGUGCAGACCACUCGAUCGAAGGGCAAGUCUGCGGCCUCCCUCCUACCGCCGCCAGAAGCAAUGCUGAAAGGUGCAAGACCGACCACGUCCUCUCCUUUGCUACGCAAUGGUCACACAAACGAUGCGCCGGAAGGAUAUGUGCCCGCUACAACCAGCGGCUUUGUGGCCCCCCAAGCCUCGAUGUAUCCGUACCCUGAGGUCGAAGACAAUAGCUACGCCUACCCUGAUCCUUAUGGUGAAGACGAGGAAGAAGAUGGAUACCAACCCAUCUCAUCGCUGCUUUCUGGCCCCACGCGCCCUAACAAGCGCAACCAAGAGGCUUACGAUAACGAAGAUGAUGAGAUCAACAUGGAAGGGACUCGCACCAAAAGACGCAGGAUCUCCGGAGACCCAGCCUCUGCUUUCUUCAAAUCCAGGAACGAGGCCACGAAGCAAUUCGAAAAGGAGAAAGAGCGUAAAGCCUUGGACGAAGCCAAAAAGGCAGGAAGAUUUAUUGCGGCACAAGCUGCUCUUCGCGGCAAGAAGCGUGUUGUCCGGCUUCACAUAUCAGGACCACGUCUCGCACAAUUACUCGCUCAACAAGCUGCGAAGUCCUUCCAGCCAGUCCUGGAAACUACGGACGUGGACCAGGAGGCCUCGCCGGAGAAUGUACUGGUCAGAUCGGACAUUGCUCCCAAGGAGAAAGCCAAGAAAAAGGCAACCCAGCACCCAAACAGGAUGAAAAUCAGGGUUGAACGUGACGAUGACUACAGCAUGAGAAGUGAUCGAGUGGCGCGUACUGAAAGGCGCAAACGUACAAACAAUGCAGAAUACGAAGAAGUUGAUGUCGAAUCAGAUUUCAGCUCAGGGGAGAGUGAAGUGGACGGAGCGCACAGUGGUCGCCAGCGCCAGCAGAGGAAUGGCAAGCGCAGGGUCUCAUCAUACAUCCAAAACAAACAUGUGGAUGACCCAGACCUUCCUGAUGAGCUACCGGAAAACUACAAAGACUCGAGAAGCAGGAUGGAGGGAAAGUCAUCGAGCAGGCCCGGACCCACCGCGCGCGUGCGUGCAGCAGCAGCGCCUAGCCACCCUAAAGCGAUACCACAGCUGGACGGUACUGCAGAUCAUGACGACGACGCUUCUGAGUCUGACGAUGAGAUCCCAGCCAAGGUAGUGAGCGAUGAGGAGGAGAACCGACUUGCAAAGCUGGAAGCCCUCAAGAUGGUCGAGGAGGAAGCAGCGCGCGCCCCUCCACCGAUGCACCGUUCGAUCUUUGACAGAGGUAACGGAAAGAAGAUCAGGAUCGUCUCGAAAUCUACAGGCACGUCUUGAGCCGUCAGCC